CAUUACGAGACCGUAGACGUAUUCACCAGUCGACUCUUCAACUCCGGACCGCGUGUAUCGUACUUGCAUAGUCUCCCACUCAUCUGGGUUAUCUCCGCGAGACAUCUCUCAACCAGUCUCCAUAAUCCUCGUAAUGCUCGAGAGUUUACCAUCGAAGUGAUUUGACCCAAGAAAUAAGUUUGGAUUUUCUUGCUACUGAAAAAGUUAUCCAAGAGGAUCUUUCUUACUAUUUCUCAUCGACUUCUAUCAGCGAUUUUUUAUUUCUUUUUAAUCAUUUUUUAUCUCAUCUCUCACAUCUCACCGCUACCUGGCGCCAAGCUAAUUAAUCACCGAGCACUAACGAGCUCCGCGGGAUCUCUAUAGUCUGUGGGCAACCUCUUUAACGACACCCACGAGGACUUUAACUCUCUUCACCUGGUUACUCAGCACAGUAGGUGGAAACGAUUUUGUGUUAUACUCCCAAGCUCAAGAAGAGACGAAAAGCUUUAAAAACAAACCAAUCGUGAUUAAUAUCGUUGGUAGUUGAAUAAAAAAAGUAAACAGGCGAUUACGAUAAAAAAUAAAAAUAUUUAUAAAGUAAAAAAAAAAAGCAGUGACUAAGUUUAUUGACGUGACUUGUGAGUUUGAAGUGAUGAUAGUGUUAUUAAAAAGUGAUCUGAGCUUCGAUAAAAACGACAAAUACUUUUUUUAUGCUUUAAUAAAAUCACGUGCCCAGUGAUUAGCAUUUUUAUAUUCUUAAUAAAUCGGCUACUUUAACUGAUAAGUAAAUUUAAAAAAUUAAAAAUUAUUAAAAUAUGCCGCCACAUCAUUUUUCAACAAAUAAUCGACACAUUGAAGUGUCGAAAAUAAAAUGAAUGCCACAGGACAUUAAUGAUUGAUUAAAAUAUUAAACCAAUAGUAUUUAAUUAGUGAAAUUAGUAAAUUAGGUAAUUGGAAAGUGAGAUUGUUGCGAAUGUAAGGAGAAUCGAGAUAAAUACAGCAACACUCUAUAGGGAAGAUAACGACAAGAUAGUAAAGAUUAGAGGACAGACGGGUGUGGUUCAAAAGCUCGCGUAGAUGCUAGCGAAGGUGAGAAGGGAGAUUAGUAGAGUUAAUCGAGCUAUGGCAUGAGGACAUUAUCGGCGACAGGAAGCUGCGGGCCCAGCGAGGAGGAGGAUGAGGAUGGUGAUGGGCGUGAUGGUGCUGGGUCAGCUUCUGACGAGGAUUCUGUUGGCUGCUCACGCUGGCGACCGGCUCGCAGCUGCCCGCAGAAUCCUUCGGGAUGUGCCGCUGAUAGAUGGACACAACGACUUGCCAUGGAAUAUUCGAAAGUUUCUGAAAAACCAGCUACGAGAUUUCCAAUUUGACGAUUUGAGAGAUAGCCACCCUUGGUCCCACACGGCGUGGAGUCAUACAGACUUACGAAGACUGAAAGAGGGAAUGGUUGCAGCACAAUUCUGGUCGGCGUACGUGCCGUGCUCGUCACAGCAUCUCGACUCGGUGCAGUUGGCCCUGGAGCAGAUCGACCUGAUUCGACGCUUGGUGAACAAGCAUACCCAGAAUAUGGUCCUCGUUACUACAGCUGAAGGUAUCGAACGAGCCCACAAAGACGGCAGACUAGCAAGUCUGAUUGGUGUCGAGGGUGGACACGCAGUUGGCACCAGUUUAGCAGUCCUGCGAAUGCUAUACGAACUGGGGGCACGAUACCUAACCCUCACCCAUACGUGCAAUACACCUUGGGCAGACUGCAGCACAGCGGAUGAACCUGGUCAAGUGCCUCAAGUUGGCGGUCUUUCGAAUUUUGGAAAGAGCAUAGUCCUGGAGAUGAACAGACUAGGAAUGAUGGUAGAUCUAUCUCAUGUUUCUGUACCAACAAUGUUGGAUGCCAUGGGUGUUUCUAAAGCUCCAGUAAUUUUUAGCCAUAGUAGUGCUCAUGCACUGUGUAAUUCUUCAAGAAAUGUACCCGAUCAUGCUCUUCAAUUACUUGCCCAAUCAGGUGGCAUAGUUAUGGUAUCUUUUUACCCACAUUUUAUAAGCUGCGGCGAAAAAUCAACGCUCGCAGAUGUUGCUGCGCAUAUCAAUCACGUGCGAAAGGUCGCGGGAAUUGACCACGUUGGCAUCGGUGCCGGAUACGAUGGGAUCAAUUUAACGCCAACGGGGCUGGAAGACGUCAGUAAAUAUCCGGAAUUAUUUGCUGAACUUCUAGCUAACGGAUGGUCGGAAAAAGACAUUCAGAAACUUGCUGGAUUAAAUCUUAUACGAGUUUUCAAAGCUGUUGAACAGGUGAGAGAUCGAAUGGCUGCAGAAGGAAUCGAGCCACUGGAAGAAGAGAUACCUAAAGAAGAUAUUAUUGGACGUGAUUACUGUCGAUUCAAUUUAAAACAACCGCUGGUGACGCCUUAGGAAAAUAAUGAAGAAUCUCGAAUUUUAAAAAACUAUCGAAACAUCAAUUUUCACUUAUACCUUUUUUUAUACACACGUUUAACAGCUUUCUUAUACAAAAAAAUGAAUAGAUGAAUAUAGUGAACAGACGAUUUUAUUAAUCGCGAGUGCAUAAAAAAAGUGCGCCAGAGUGGACGUAUUAAAUUUAAAAUAAUUAAAUUAAAAAUUGUGAAAAAAAAAAAAUUAUGGACCAUUGUAAUAUGACGAACAAAGUUUAUAUAAAAUAUUAAUUGAUCGUGAUCAAAAAUUAAAA